AUGACCACUUGGGAGACGGCUGACUCUGCUUGGGGUGCGGGUGGAAACUCCACCUUCACUGCCAACGAUGGCAACUUCGACAAUGCGGGCUUCGACAACCCAGCCGACGGCGCUGACCAGCAGGAGCCUAACGGUGCUUGUCGCCGUUGCAACGAGGAGGGACACUGGGCCCGCGAGUGCCCUAACGCUCCGGCUAUGACCUGCCGCGAGUGCGGAUCGCCCGACCACGUCGUCAAGGAGUGCCCCGAGGUACUUUGCAAGAACUGCGGCGAGAAAGGCCACAGGAUCUCCGAAUGCGAGGCGGCUCGUGCAAUCGAUCGCAGCCACUUGCCUGACAAGUCAAUCCAGGAAGCCUGGGACAUGAUUGUCGAGGCUGCCAAGGAGCAGGAGGUCGCCGAUGUCAAAGAGGCCAUCCAGAUUUACGUCAAGGCGAGCCCUGAGACCACCUAUGUCCAGCUCGAGGAGGCCCUUCGCGCUCAGGAUGUCAAACUCUGGCUGAUUGCCAUCGAGAAGACCGUUAUGAGUACCAUGACCAACAUGGACUUGCAGGGUAACCUCAACAAGAAGUAUACCGUCACUUAUCGCUUCAACUGGAACCCCCCUCGUCCUCGCGAUCGCGACUUGUGGCCCGCGGAUGUUGCCGAGAACCUCGAGCGUCUCCAGGAUGCCGGUGAGGUUGUCGCUCACGGCAUUCCCAAAUGCGGCAACUGCGGCGAACUUGGCCACAUUCGGAAGAGCUGCCCUGAGGAGCCCGAGCAGAAGGAGGAGGUUGUCAUCAAGUGCUUCAACUGUGACGAAGUCGGCCACCGUAUCCGCGACUGCCCCAUUCCUCGCGUCGACAAGUUCGCCUGCAAGAACUGCGGACAAAAUGGUCACAAAGUUGCUGACUGCACCGAGCCGCGCUCCGCUGAGAAUGUCGAGUGUCGCAAGUGUAACGAGACGGGUCACUUCAGCAAGGACUGCCCUAAAACCGGCCCACGCGGCUGCCGCAACUGCGGCCAAGAGGGCCAUAUGUCGAAGGAGUGCACCGAGCCGAAGAACAUGGACAACGUCCAGUGCCGCAACUGCGAUGAGAUGGGUCAUUUCAGCAAGGAGUGCCCCAAGCCUCGUGACAUCACCCGCGUCAAGUGCUCCAACUGCCAAGAGAUGGGACACUACAAGUCCAAGUGCCCCAACCCGCUCGUCGACGAGGACGCUGCGGGCGGCUUCAACACCCAGGGCUUCGGCAAUGCUGGUGACAACGCUGCCUUGGACAACGGCGGCUUCGGCAAUGGCGGUGGCUGGGAGGUGGCCGCCGGUGGCGGCUGGUAA